CCGAUUCAAUGCGGAUGGCUCCGCAGAGGCGCCAUGUGUAUCUUUUGUGUAUGGCGGGUGGCGCCCGAGAGGAGCCAAAAUGUUUUCCUGUAAAACUCCGCUAAAAAAGCUUUAUUCAGAGGCUAGCCCUAAAUGAAAGUUUCCUUAUUUGUCACGUAGAUUACGAUACUAGUAUUAGUUUCAAGAUAUAGCGUGAAAAAAGACAUUUCAGAUGUUGUAAACCUUUUCAAUAGAAACAAUAAUUAUGAAAGGUAACUUUUGUGCAUGGCGGGUGGCACCCCAGAGGAGCCAAUAUUUGAAACCAAAAAACUGACUAAUUUAAAUUUAUCAAUAGUACAUAUUUCAGUGUUCUAAAAAUAUUAGUGUCUUUAUUUAUCACGUAGAUCCUUUCCAGAGAAAUCGCUUUAAGGUGUAGCGUGAUUUCACACUCUUCGGGGAUGGUAAACCAUUUUAAGCGUUAUUUAAAUGUUAUUUAAUAUUAAGGGUUACAAACGAAUAGCACUAAUCAUGACAGUUAAAUAUUUAAAAAAUAUCUGUUUUCACUUUUUUUGCUUUGUGGAUAUGCUCUUUUGCAAGUUUAUGGUAAUAACUAGGUAGUUUCUCGAAGUAUGUCCAAAUUUAACCGGACUAGUAAUUGCAUUCCUUAGGUAUCAAGACAAUGUACUUAGUUUAUUUUUGGUGAGAAACAACAACAAAAACGAUUCUCAGAAAAGCACUAUCUUUUGUUGUUAUGCUAUGCAGUCAUAUCAAAGAUGUUUUAAAGAUUUUUAAGCUUUUUAUUGCCCUACUGCUUAUUGUUAAUAUGCCGUGCCGACCGACCCUUUUUAUUGAUGGGCUAGGGAAAGAUGUUAUUUAACUAAAAACAAAAGAAGUCGGUGCCAUAAAUCACUUAACAAGGUUUCUCACGCGCAAAUUACUUAACUAUCGAUGAUGUUUUUUCGUUUACUUCUGUUUUGCUAUUUAUGGUGAUCAGACGUAAGCACGUUGUGACCGUUUAAUGCUCGCUUCUGAAGUCUCUUAGUUUGCCUUUUAACAACUGUGGACUGUGUAUCUGGACUUCGAGAUUUUGCUUCAGUGACUACCCCGGCUAGUAAUUUGGACUCUGUUUUGAUUCUUGACUUUACAAGUUGCUAACCAAAAUGGCUACUCCUCCAUCCCCUGAACCUGGCCCGUCAAAUUGGGAUCUCAUAUCUAUGGAGUUAUCCGGAAUGAUGUCUCCCAGCCAUAUAAACUUAUCAGACAUGCCAUGCAUUGAUGCUAUUAUAAGUGAUGCAGAAUUGUAUGGGAUUUUGGCACAGGAUGUGGAUAACUUUCUGGAAGAUUUGGUAAAUGAAAACACAGAAGAUGAAGAAGCCGUUUGUGCUGAAGAUCAGUUAGAACAGGACGUUGAAAAUACAACUGAGGAAGCCCCUACUACCGAUUGGUUCAAUGGAAACCCCUCGAAUAUGGCCGAGAUUCCUUUUACGGGCACACCUGGUUUAUUACCGCCUCAUAACAUGAGUGGAAAAACACCGAUAGAUUUUUUCUUUUUAUUUUUCAAUAGUCGUAUCAUUGAUUUAAUUUUAAACUGUACAAACAAGUGCGGCAAUGAAUUGAAGAUUGCAGCACGCACCGCACAAGCUCGUUUUACAAAAUGGAAGGAGAUAAGUCUUGAGGAGUUCACGGUAUUUAUUGGCAUAAUUUUAUUUAUGGGUACCGUGAAAGUUAAUAGAAUGGCCGAAUAUUGGUCUCGACAUUAUUUAAUGCGCCUAAGCCCACAUUCAUUUAUGGCUAGGGACAGGUUUUAUUUAAUAUUAAGAGCAUUAAAUGUCCAAGAUGAAAUGAGGCCGGAAAGUAUUUUUAAAGUAAAGUCGUUAAUAGAUAUGUUCAACGAAACAAUGUCCACAACUUAUUACCCAUCCAAUAAUGUUGCAAUAGAUGAAUCCUUGAUUUUGUGGAAAGGACGUCUUUCUUUCCGCCAGUAUUUAAAAGGGAAAGUCCAUCGUUAUGGAAUUAAAUUAUAUAUGUUAGCUGACAUGAAUGGCCUAGUAAUAAAAAUUCAUUUAUAUGCUGGUUCUGGGGAUCAAUUGGUAGGUGGAAAAAAUCAUGUAAAAAAAGUAGUAAUGUUGUUAAUAGAAAAAUAUUUAAAUAAAGGCCAUUCACUUUAUAUUGAUAAUUAUUAUAGCAGCGUUGGUUUAGCAGAUGAGCUUUUAGAUAAAAACACGUACGUAACAGGUAUUUCAUGA